AUGGGCUUCAACUAUUUUCUCAUCAUCGUCUUGUUGUUUUUCACGAUUGCUGACCGUUUGUUGGUUGAUGGACUGGGUUGCAAUUGGGGCCUACAAGCGGCCCACCCUCUCCAACCUGAGAUAGUCGUCCAACUGAUGAAGGACAACGGUUUUGACAAAGUAAAGCUGUUUGAAGCCGACCCGGGUGCAAUGAGGGCACUUGGGAGGUCCGGCAUCCAAGUUAUGGUCGGCAUACCGAACGACAUGCUGGCAGGCCUUGCCAGCAGCGUUCGGGCCGCCGAGGACUGGGUGCAGCAAAACGUUUCCAACUACUUGUCCCCAAGGGGAGUUGAUAUAAGAUACGUUGCGGUUGGUAACGAGCCGUUUCUGAAGACAUACGACGACAGGUUUACGAACGUGACCUUCCCGGCACUCGAGAACAUCCAGGCCGCCCUCAUCAAAGCUGGGCUGGGCCGGGACGUUAAGGCCACCGUCCCACUCAAUGCUGACGUCUACCAGUCCGUGUCGGGCCUCCCCUCUGGCGGUGACUUCCGGCCCGACAUCCAUUCUCUCAUGACCUCCAUCGUUAAGUUCUUGAGCGACAAUGGGGCCCCACUCACCAUCAACAUCUACCCUUUCCUCAGCCUCCAGGCCGACCCCAACUUCCCUUUUGACUUCGCCUUCUUCGACGGCCGCGCCACCUCCCUUGUGGACGGCCAGUACACCUACUCCAACGUGUUUGACGCCAACUAUGACACUUUAAUCUCCGCCCUCGACAAAAACGGCUUCUCCAACAUCCCUGUCAUCGUGGGCGAGGUCGGGUGGCCCACGGACGGUGACCGCAACGCCAACCGACAGCUGGCCCGGAGGUUCAACCAGGGCCUGCUUGACCGGAUCGCCCGCGGGCCCGGGACCCCAAAGAGGCCCGACCGCCUCCCGGACAUCUACUUCUUCUCGUUGCUCGACGAGGAUGCCAAGAGCGUUGAUCCCGGAAGGUUCGAGCGCCACUGGGGGCUGUUCUAUUUCGACGGGGCCAUUAAGUACGGGUUGGAUGUGGGCCCGGGCAGGAGGAACCUGACGGCGGCUAAAGGGGUGCGGUACCUUGACCGGCAGUGGUGCGUGAUGAGGGCCGACGCAGACCCGACGGACCCAGGACUCGGGCCGGCCAUUGGAAUGGCGUGCACGUACGCGGACUGCACGAGCCUGGGGCCCGGAUCGUCUUGUGCGGGACUGGAUGGGAGGGGGAACGCGUCGUACGCUUUUAACGUGUAUUAUCAGACUAUGAGUCAGCAGAGGGGGGCGUGCGAGAGGUUUGGGGGCCUGUCCGAGAUCACGAGGAUCGACCCUGGUGCGGGAGGGGACGGCUCGUGCAGGUUUGAGAUCAUGAUUGAUACGGGGAGGCACGUGCGGGCCCGAAACCGGGGGACAUCGGGGGCGGUGGGUCCACGGACCGCUUCUUUUUCUAUGUGGGUGGGCCUACUUGUUUGCGCUUGUCUCAUGAGUUGA